CAAGCAGAGUGGAAGAUACACGAGUCAGAACCCAGACUUUUAUUUCUUCAUUACCUGUUUAUAGCAUUUUCCCAUAAAUACUUUCAUAUCUCUCAACUCACAUAGCUACAAGCUUUUUUUUUUUUUCGAAACUUUUGUCUCUGGGUUUAUUUUUAUUUUCUUCGCUUGAAAAAGCAAAACCAGUUUUCUUUUCAUUUGUUUUCCCGUCGGUUUCUUUGAGAAAAACUUUUUAUUUAUUGUUCUGUUUCUGGGUGCCUUUGCCUUUCUUUCAUGUAGGAUUUUCACAGAAACCAAACAAGGAGAAUUUUUUGCUAUGUUGUUCAAGGUUAUUUUAGUUCUGUUUCUUCUCUCAAUCUUUUGCGAAGCAUUCGAUGCUAUCGCUAGAGCCCAUGACCAUGACAAGAAUGUGAAUUCCAAUAUCUCCUCUAUCGCCGGCAUCAAAUUGCCCGAACACAUGAGCUUCAAUGCUGUUUCUUCUUCAGCAGAUUCUGGUUGUAGCUUCACAAAGUUAGAUAAUCCGAAACAAGACAAAGAAGGUGAUAUUCUCGAAGAAGAUGAUGGAGAUGGUUUCUUAUCAAUGAAACCGAGUAAACAAAAGGUGAAGCUUCACCUAAAGCGCCGGUCAACGAAUCCGGAAUCCGCGCCAAAACAAUCUAUGUUUGAGUCCACAACGAGGGACGUGACAAGAAUUCAGACACUUCAUACGAGGAUCAUUGAGAAGAAGAACCAAAACACCAUUUCACGGCUAAAGAAAGAUAGUGAAAAGUCGAAGAAGAAAAUAAAGCCGGUGGUUGGAUCAGCAGCUUCACCAGAAUCUUAUGCAAGUGGGGUCUCUGGGCAGCUUGUGGCAACUUUGGAGUCUGGGGUGAGUCUUGGUUCGGGAGAGUACUUUAUGGAUGUGUUUAUUGGUACACCUCCAAAACACUUUUCUUUGAUUCUUGAUACUGGUAGUGACCUUAAUUGGAUUCAAUGUGUGCCUUGUUAUGAUUGUUUUGAGCAAAAUGGGCCUUAUUAUGAUCCUAAAGAUUCAACUUCUUUUAGGAAUAUAAGUUGCCAUGAUCCUAGGUGUCAUUUGGUUUCAUCCCCUGAUCCUCCUCAGCCUUGUCAAGCUGAGAAUCAAACAUGUCCUUAUUAUUAUUGGUAUGGAGAUAAAUCUAAUACUACUGGUGAUUUUGCAUUGGAAACAUUUACGGUUAAUCUCACAACGCCAACGGGGAAGUCAGAAUUUAGGCAGGCGGAGAAUGUGAUGUUUGGCUGUGGUCAUUGGAAUAGAGGCCUAUUUCAUGGGGCUGCAGGGCUGUUAGGUCUCGGGAGAGGUCCUCUCUCCUUUUCCUCUCAGCUUCAAUCUCUUUAUGGUCACUCCUUUUCAUACUGUCUUGUGGAUAGAAAUAGUGACACCAAUGUUAGCAGCAAGUUGAUAUUAGGUGAGGAUUCAGACCUCUUGAGUCACCCCAAUUUGAAUUUUACCACAUUGGUGUCUGGAAAAGAAAAUCCAGUUGAUACAUUUUAUUAUGUUCAAAUUAAAUCAAUCAUCGUUGGAGGGGAGGUGUUAAAUAUACCAGAAGAGACAUGGCAUUUGUCAUCGGAUGGUGCUGGAGGUACAAUCAUUGAUUCAGGUACUACACUUAGUUAUUUUGCACAACCAGCUUAUGAUAUAAUUAAGGAUGCAUUUAUGAAGAAGGUGAAAGGGUAUCCUCUAGUGAAGGAUUUUCCAGUUUUAGAGCCUUGUUAUAAUGUGACUGGAGUUGAGAAGAACGAACUUCCGGAAUUCGGGAUUCUGUUUGCAGAUGGUGGCGUGUGGAACUUCCCAGUUGAUAAUUACUUCAUCAGGCUUGACCCGGAGGAUGUUGUUUGCUUAGCAAUUUUGGGGACUCCUCAAUCAGCUCUUUCAAUAAUAGGGAACUAUCAGCAGCAGAAUUUCCAUAUCUUGUAUGAUACAAAGAAAUCUAGGCUGGGAUAUGCACCAAUGAGGUGUGCUGACGUUUAACAUCUAGUUGAAAAUUCAUGAGGUAGAAGAGUAACUGUAAACAUGGUGUUUCAGGAGGGAAUUUUUUUUUUUUUUUUUUUAAAUUUUAUUUUCCAUUCAAAUA